AUGGAUUGCCCAUUAGGUCUCUAUGAGUUCGACAAUCUUUUAUACUACUCUGAUACACUUCGUAUACUUGCAGAUACACGCAAUCCAAAAAUGAUUAUUGUCUAUAAUAUUAGGGGGUUAAACAAAACAGGUAAAGUUAGAGAGAUUAGCUUUUGUCUCAAUCAACUUAAACCUGAUAUGGCUAUUUUAGUGGAAACAAGAGUGAAAGCUAGCAAUGCUGAUAAAAUAAGAAAUAAACUAGGCAUCUACUGGUCCUACAUGGAUAAUUACUCCCACCAUGAGAAUGGAAAUCUGAUCCAAAAGCAGGAUGAAAUUGAAAAAGAGACUUUGAAUUUUUAUGGAGACUUUAUGGGAAAAACUAGUGACAAACUCAUUGGUGUAGAUAUUACAGCAAUUAGGCAAGGCAACAUGGUGAGUAUGAAGCAAAAGAAGAACCUAAAAAGACCUAUUCAUGAACCUGAAAUCUUGAAGUCUCUUAAAUGCAUAGGAAACAUCAAGGCCCCUGGCAUUGAUGGCUUUGGCUCAAAAUUCUUCAAGGAUACUUGGAGUAUUAUCGAACAUGAUCUUGUUGUUGCAAUCUUUGAGUUUUUUGAGAAAAGCACUAUACAUAAAGCAGUCAACACAACUUUGAUUACUCUCAUUCCUAAACAUCCUACAGCUCAAAAUAUUAUAGAUUUCAGACCCAUUACUUGUUGCUCCAUUGUAUACAAAAUUAUUGAUAAGAUCUUAACUGACAGAUUGGGGAAAGUUCUGCCAUAUAUCAUCAGCAUGAUCCAGACAACCUUUGAGCCUGGUUAG